CAUGGCUGCUCUCAGUAAGUGCAUACCGCACAACUGCUACGAGAUAGGGCACACUUGGAGUCCGUCAUGUACAAUAUCAACGCUUCAAGUAACUGCAGGUGCACUGGAGGUUUCUUUCAAGAUCUAUGCACCGCUGUAUCUGAUUGCUGCUAUCCUCCGACGAAGAAAAAAAGACUAUUACAAGAAGAGACUUAUUCCUGAGAUUCUACAGUCCACGUCGUUCCUGACCGCAAACGGAGGCCUGUACAUCGCAUUCUUCUGUAUACUGAGGAAACUUUUGGGGGGGUUUUAUUCCUGGUCAGCGGGCUUUGGAGCGGCGCUGCCGGCCUCAUACAUUGCCAUUCUGCUGGAACGCAAAAGCAGAAGGGGACUCCUUACGAUAUACAUGACGAAUCUGGCCACGGAGACAAUAUUCCGGAUGGCUGUCACUAGAGGCAUAGUUAGCCCCGUAAAACACGGCGAGGUUCUUCUUUUCUGCUUGACUGCCUCACUCUACAUGUUCUUCUUCAGAUGUAAGGACGGGCUGAAGGGUUUUGCUUUUUCGGCUUUAAAGUUCAUAGUUGGUAAAGAAGAGAUUCCUGCACAUUCCCUUCUGGCAGAGCACGCUCACUGCAAAGGCCCGGAACGUUCUGCCCUGCCGGAGAGCAGCAGGCCGGACGGAACAGCUACCUCCAGAGGAAAGUCCAUUGUAGCCUUGACCCGAAGACUACUGGAAUCAGUAUGCAAACAUGGACCCAGGCACAGAUGUUGCAGACACUAUCAGGACAACUGCAUCUCCUACUGUGUCAAAGGCUUCGUCCGAAUGUUUAGCGUAGGCUACCUGAUCCAGUGCUGCUUGAAGGUUCCCUCUGCAUUCCGACAAGUGUUCACCAAACCCUCACGGCUUCUCUCUCUCCUCUACAACAAAGAGAACUUCCAGCUGGGAGCUUUCCUGGGCUCUUUUGUCAGUAUAUACAAGGGAACAAGCUGCCUCCUGCGAUGGAUACGUAACCUUGACGACGAGCUUCACGCGCUUAUUGCUGGAUUCCUUGCUGGUAUCUCCAUGUUCUUCUACAAGAGCACCUCCAUCUCAAUGUACCUCUUCUCCAAACUCGUGGAGACCAUGUAUUUCAAGGGAAUCGAGGCUGGCAGGUUCCCUUAUUUCCCUCACGCUGAUACAGUCAUCUAUGCCAUCUCCACAGCCAUCUGCUUCCAGGCGGCGGUGAUGGAGGUCCAGAAUCUUCGGCCUUCAUACUGGAGGUUUUUACUCCGGUUAACGAAGGGCAGGUUUGCCCUCAUGAACAGAAGAGUGCUUGAUGUGUUUGGGACCGAGGCUUCUAGAGAAUUCCACGGCUUCAUUCCUAAGCUGGACCCCAGAUACACCGUGGCCCCCCCGGAAAUGGAAGUGCACCUGGGUUGAGGGGGGGCCUCAGGUCUGGGGCUGAGGUGUCAAUGGACCUCCCACCCCCAACAGUUAAGGAUGGGCACAGUGAGACCAGUUCAUCCCCCUUUUAGAGUUUUGUACAUGUAAAAUGGUUGGAAUCACCUAGUCUGAAGAAAACAUCAGUUGGUUUUGGCACACAAAAGCAGUAUUAUUUUGUUCAAAUGCACUUGGAAUUCCAGCAAAAGAACUGGAAUAUUUUACAAACAGAAGUACGAAUGGGAUAGUCUGGCGAUUUUUUUUUUUGGGAGGAUUAGACGGUGAUUUACCGAACUGUUAACCGUGUUGCGUUAUGUGGCUGUAGCGACUUUUGCGACAUAACCACCGCAUUCACGAUGUGGCCACUUUGCUUGUGUGUUGAGGGAUUAAAGAUGAGAUUUUGGAAAGGAUUACGCCUUAAUUCGGCUGGGUUAAUCCUAACAAUAUUGGGAUUAUGAAUGAAAACUGAGAGGAGAUAGUAAAUGGGAAUGUGGACUACCCAGACAGGAGGUAAAGGUGCGUUUGAAUGUAACGGUGCAUUAACUGUGAAAGAUGAUUGAGGUUUACUUUUAUCCUUGGUUUUUUUUUGUUUUUUUUCUUUGUUUAAUCUUUCUUUGUUUAGUCUUUGUUGUUUCGGACUGAACCUUCAGCAGCAUGAGCAAACGUGACAGAAUUAUUCACACACUUCUUUGGUGUCCUGUGUCAAAAACCAUGUCAGGUUUUGCUUUACAUCAGGAUUAUUAUUAUUAUGAUGAUGAUUAUUAUUGUUAUCAUCAACACUAUUUUCAUGCAUUUUAUGAAAAAAAAAAAAAAAAAGACCUGCUCAGGCCCUUACGUUCAGAAAUGACGCUAAAACCUCCGAAAAAAUAUUUUCCCAUGAGAGAUAAAGGAUACUUUAAAGAUGACCACUUAGAAUUCCCACAAUCAAGUUUUUUUUCUCCCUAGAAGAUAUCAGAAGUAAACAAUGUUAGGGGAUAAAGCUCCAGUUUAUUAAUAAGAUGUUAGCCACAGUUCGUAGUAGCCGAGAUUUUCUUUUUCUUAAUUUAGCAAUAAAAAUGUAAUACAUAACUAUAAUCAACAGAUUUCACUGUAUACUUGAAUGAAACUUUGUAAUUUAUGUAAAAAAAAAAAAAGAUAUAUAUAUCUAUAUAUCUGUAUAACUGUCUUGUCUGAUGUUUCUAUUAUGGAAAAGUGUUUUAUUAAAAUAUU